AUGAGAGCGCGAUUUUCAAGUUCGUCCAACUUUAUCGUUGAAUUCAAAUUAAUCCAGGUGGAGAAUAGACUGUACAAGAUCCCGAGAUAUCGACUGGUCGCGUUGUCGCCUGUGUUCGCUGAUAUGUUCUCUUUGCCCCAAAGUCAUUCGGAGAUAGUAUCGCCGGACGGCCGCGGGAUCGUUGAAGGAGAGAGCGAAGAUAGGCCUAUCGUCCUCGAGGGGUGCAGAGUGGUCGAUUUUGAAAGGCUUUUGGCGCUUGUUUAUCCCAGGGACGAUUGGGUGUAUGGUGAUUCACCGCCUUUGACAAGCCUGGAUGAAUGGGUUAGUGCGUUGAAGCUGGCGACGUUGUGGCAGAUGGAGAAGAUAAUCGGCGUAGCGAUCGCGCAACUGGACGAGAUGGAACUUUCAGAGACGACGAAAAUCCGACUUGGGAGGGCGUAUGGAGUGAAAAGAUGGAUCUCCGAAGGUGUUGAGGCUAUCGCUUCUCUGAAAGACGUCACCGCCAUCCCUUUGGAAGACCUGGCUGAUACGUUGGGCUGGGAGGUCACAGCUCGGAUCCUCUGGGCCAGAGCAUCCUGCGCGACUACACCCCUUUCGGGAAAGGCGGACGUUCCUUUCGACAAGAUUCGGUGUAAAUCGUAUGGGUGUGGAAAACGGGUUCUGGGAGCGGGGAAUUUGGUUUGUGAGGGCGGGCAUAGGGCUGAUACGGUCCAAAAGCCACCGAUCCGAGCUGGGGGUGGUACAUGGGUUCCGUUAGCGUUUUUGUCUAAGGACACGAUAGGCACGGCGUUGGCUGUUGAGUUGGGAGAUUUGGUUGUGGGGGAUGGUGUUGAAGUCAAUCCUGAUGUCAAGAAGGAGAUCAUGGAUUUGUUCCAGGAUGAAGUGGUGUAG